GAGAGGUGGCAUUUGAGUCCUCCGGUAUCCCAGCAGGCAAUGCAGCCUAGAGAUGCUGACAAAGGACUGGAGGGAGCAGUCGCAGCUGCUUUCCGAGGACCCGGUGUUGCCGAGAUUGCCAAAAUGCUUUGGAGUUUUUAAGUGAUUUUAAGAAAAGCCCAAAAUAGAUUUGAGACUGUAAAAACUGAAGCCGCAGCAAGGGGGAUUCAGUGCCAAUGCAUCAACAAAAAAGACAGCCAGAGUUAGUGGAAGGAAAUCUUCCUGUCUUUGUGUUUCCCACAGAGCUGAUAUUUUACGCAGAUGACCAGUCAACACAUAAGCAAGUGUUGACGCUGUAUAAUCCCUAUGAGUUUGCCUUAAAGUUCAAAGUUUUGUGUACUACUCCAAAUAAGUAUGUUGUCGCUGACGCUGCAGGUGCAGUAAAGCCUCAGUGUUGUGUGGAUAUUGUGAUUCGUCAUAGAGAUGUUCGAUCCUGUCACUAUGGUGUGAUAGACAAAUUCCGUCUCCAAGUUUCCGAGCAAAGCCAGAGGAAGGCUUUAGGAAGGAAAGAGGUCGUGGCUACUCUUCUCCCAUCGGCAAAAGAACAACAAAAGGAAGAAGAGGAAAAAAGAAUAAAGGAACAUUUAACUGAAAGUUUAUUUUUUGAGCAGUCGUUUCAACCAGAAAACAGAACUGUCUCCUCAGGACCUAGUUUACUAACUGUCUUCCUGGGAGUGGUGUGUAUUGCAGCUCUGAUGCUUCCCACGCUGGGGGAUGUGGAAUCGCUGGUGCCUCUCUACCUCCACUUAAGUGUCAAUCAAAAAUUAGUGGCUGCUUAUAUCUUAGGUCUUAUCACAAUGGCUAUACUUAGAACAUGAGCAAGGAAUUCACUUGACUUCUGAAGUAAAUUUAUCUUGAAAAUAUGAAUGUGGACUGCCUUUUAUCUCUAUUUCACCCCAUUAACAUGCUACAAACUAUUGAUUGAUUUACAAUCAUUGCAAAUGUAUAAUAUAUAUUUUAAAUUACUCUAUAAUUUUAUUCCAAGGACUCCAGCACAUUAUGUUACAGACAGCAAGGAAGCUUCUGAGUGACACUUAGGAAAUUUUUUGAAGAAAUUCUUUUUAUAUCUAAGCCUACCGUGCAAAAGACUUUAAUUAAGACAUUUGUUAUUUUCUCAUCUUUUUUCUAAUUCACUUUGAUUGUUGAGAUCAUGUGUCCUUCAAAGUUAAAGGCCUAAAAGAGCAAACUGACCAGCCUGAAAAUAAAAUUACAUUUAUUUCCUAGCUACGAACAUCAAUGUUACUAUAUAAAUUAUGCCUUGUCCUCUAUCAUUAUAUACAGUCGCCAUGGUGUUUCUAAAAUAAGAGUUUUACAGUUAAUAGAGAAGGUACAGUUAAUGUACCUUUAUAUAUAAAUGUACCUGUACCUAAUACAGUUAAUGUAGAAGGUAAAAAAAUGAAAAAGCAUAAAGUACUGAGGGAUCAUGUUUAUCUUAGGGUCUCACAGAAGACAGGACAUAUUUAAUUCAUCUGGUGAACUACAGGAUAGGUUGUGGUCCAGCCACCAAGAAGUAGGGUGACCAUUCUGUUUGGUCUAAGAAUUCUGAAGGAAGGUAGGCAUUUGUUUAGUUAGUUGGUACACCUGGCUUUACCUCUGGAUAAUGCUUUAUGUUAACAGGAGGAAAAAUAACUUUAUCUUUUCUCCCCAGCCCUUUGCCUGACUGUAAGCUACUGGCCCAGAUUGGGACUACCAAUGCCAGGUGGUUUAUGUGGAGAUGAUUUUUCACCUUUAAACUCUAAGCCAAGUAUAAAAAAUCCUUAAUAUCUGUGUCUAUUUUUUAAUCAGUCACUGAGACAUUUUUUAAGUUUGUAUUUAUUAUUAAAACAACUUUACCAAAAAAAGUCCCCAAAGCACAACUAUGUACAUUUCUUUAUAGCCUCUUCUGAUCUCUAACAUAUAUAUGCGGUUUUAACUGUUAUUGUUAUAGUAUCUGAUCUUUUGACUUAGGAUUUUUAUCUGAGAGCACAAUGUAUUGAGUCUCUUGAAAAUCAUCUUCCAGAUCUUUUUACAGAAUGAUCUUAUGCACUGCUACUGUAGUAUUCUCAAGGGAUAUAUGUAAACACGAGAUGUAUGCCUGAGGUUGGGUUUUGCAGGAAACAGUACUUUGCUUCUAAAGUAAAAGCUUUUACUUAUACUCUUUCAUAGAAAAUCCUCAUUGUUUAACCAUUUGGGGAGCAUAAAUCAUUAAAUGGAUCAUGUCUGUACGUUGUGUAAUGACUAAAAAGCACAUAAAUGUAAUCUAUUUUGAACUUUGUAAAAAAAAAAAAACCCUUGUGUUUGAAGGUUAUCCUUCUUUCUCUGUCCAUCUCAAGUCGCGCGCGUGUGUGUGUGCGUGUGUGUGCGCGCGUGUGUGUGCGUGUGCAGGUGCACGCACGUGUGUGUGCAUGUGAUAACACAUUGUACAGAACAGAAAUUACUUUAAAAAAAUAAAAGAAAAUGGAGACCUAAGUUUCACAACG